AUGACAGAACCCGAUCCAGAGUUUAACAAACAAUACAAGUAUGAGGAAAUGUCAAACAAGGUUUUGCGAGACGAUCGUACUCGCCGAAGAGAUGACAAGGAUGAGUCUAAUCCAGUUUCAUUAGCGGGCCAAAUAUCAGUUAAAGAUAUGGGUACGAGGGUUUCCCAAGAAAAGACUAAUGAUAAGCCAGUAAUAAAAGAAAAAUAUAUACCGAAGCAGUCAAAUACUAAUAACUAUUCGUAUACUGGGACUUUGGAGAAUAUUUCUUAUCAUCCUACCAAUGAAGAGACUGCUCAUAUAUUUGACUUAAUAAUGGUAGAAAUCCACAAUUUCUUGCCGGAUUCUAGUCAUGAUGUUAUAAUAUCAGCGGCUGAUUCAGUAUUAGAAAUAUUGAAACAAGAAGACACUCCUCCUGCUGAAAAGCGGAAAGAGAUUACAGAAUUAUUGGAUACAAAAAUUAACGAUAUUGAGUUCAAUGGAUUGAUUAAUUUGGCAAAGAGAAUUACUGAUUACGACAUCCAAAUGAUAUCUGAAGAUAUGGAUGAUGAAGAUAAUGAUCAAGGCAUUGCUGUUAUGUUUGACAAUAGUGACGAGGAAGAAGAUGUCGGAACAGAACAUAACGUCGCGGAAGAGGUUGAAGAUGAACAACAACCAGAAGCUAGUGAGGAAGCAGAAAAUGGCUUUAAUGACGAGGCAGUAAUAAAAUCUAACGAUAAACCUUCUACAAAGGAAACCAUUGUGGUUCCAUUACAUGAAAUUGAUCAAUUUUACCUUCAAAGAAAAAUCUCAUCCACUUUAGUAGACUCGGAUCCCUCUAGUAUACAAGAAGUCACUAAUAAAUUCAUGCAAUUUUUAUCAUCUUAUGAAUUAUCAACGAGAGAAUUGGAAAAUGAGUUAAUGGAAUUAAUGAAUUACGAACAUUUUGAUCUCAUAAAGUUUUCUAUAGAGAACCGUUGGAGAUUGGUAUUCAAGAUUAAAUUCCUAGAAAAUGAAAGCGAGGAAUCCAAACAAAAAAUUUUGGAGGAUAUGACAAAAUUAAAGCUUGAUUCUUUGAUUUUGGAAUUUGAAACUCAGAGUGAAGAUGCAACCCCUGGUAAAAAAAGGAAGCUAUCCCAAGACGACGGCGAUGAGUCUAAUAAAAAGACUAAAACGAGCAUAAUAAAGCCCAAGAGAGAACCUAAGAUUGUUGAUUUGGACUCAAUGAGCUUUGACCAAGGUUCGCACUUAAUGACUAAUACAAAAAUAAAACUUCCCCAAGGUUCGUAUCAACAAAACAAGAAACUAUAUGACGUGAUUAGCAUUCCGCCGCCAUCACCACCCCCAUCAUUAGAAGAAAGCAACGAAAAACUUGUUUCUAUUUCUGAAUUACCAAAGUGGACUAGAUGUGUUUUCCCUUCUUCGGAAACGUCAUCCUUAAACCGUAUUCAAUCCAAAAUUUACCCACUGGCAUUUAAUUCAGACGAGAAUUUAUUGAUUUGUGCUCCGACAGGAGCUGGUAAGACUAAUGUUGCGAUGCUUACUAUUUUGAGAGCUAUUCAUAAUUACAGAGAUCCUGAAACUGGACAAUUGGAUCUUCGGAACUUUAAGAUUGUUUAUAUUGCACCAUUGAAGGCGUUGGUUCAAGAACAAAUGAGGGAGUUUCAGAGACGUUUAACAGCAAAUUUUGGAAUAAUCGUCAAUGAGUUGACUGGUGAUUCCAGUUUAUCUAAACAGCAAAUCAGUGAAACUCAAGUUUUAGUUACUACUCCAGAGAAAUGGGAUGUAAUAACUAGAAAAAGCUCUGACUUAUCUUACACGAACUUGACAAGAUUAAUUAUUAUUGAUGAAAUUCAUUUGUUGCAUGAUGAAAGAGGACCUGUAUUGGAAAGUAUAAUUAGUAGAACAUUACGUCAAGUGGAGUAUACCAAUGAUCCUAUAAGAUUAGUUGGUCUUUCCGCUACUUUGCCUAAUUAUGAGGAUGUUGCGAAUCUUUUGAGAGUUGAUUUCGAUAAGGGAUUAUUCUACUUUGAUUCUUCAUAUAGACCAUGCCCAUUAGAACAGCAAUUCAUUGGAAUCAAAGAGAAAAAAGCAAUUAAGAAAUUAAGUGCAAUGAAUGAAGCUUGUUAUGAUAAAUUGUUAGAUUGUGCUAAUAAUAAACAUCAGAUGAUUAUAUUUGUUCAUUCAAGAAAGGAUACUUAUAAAACUGCAAAAUGGUUGCAUGAAAAACUACUACAGGAAGACAAAUUAGAUGUUGUUUUAAAACUGGAUUCUGGUUCUAGAGAAAUAUUAAAACUGGAAGCCGAAGAGAUGGACAACAGAAGCUUGAAAGAAAUUGUACCUGCUGGUUUCGGUAUACAUCAUGCCGGUUUGAAUAAACGAGAAAGAAGCGUUGUUGAAGAUUUGUUUGCACAAGGUCACUUUCAGGUUUUGGUAUCUACGGCUACCUUAGCAUGGGGUGUUAAUUUACCAGCACAUACUGUGGUUAUUAAAGGGACAGAAACAUAUAGUCCUGAAAGAGGUACAUGGGUUCAAUUAUCGCCUCAAGAUAUCUUGCAAAUGCUUGGUAGAGCAGGUAGACCAAGGUAUGAUAAGAGUGGUGAAGGGGUUAUUAUUACCUCUCAGGACGAAAUUCAAUAUUACCUUGCUAUUUUGAAUCAACAGCUUCCAAUCGAGUCUCAGCUUAUGACUAAAUUGGCUGAUAAUCUUAAUGCGGAAAUUGUUUUAGGAACAAUAAAAUCUAGAGAAGAUGCUGUUAACUGGUUAGGCUAUACCUACUUGUAUAUUCGGAUGCUUCGAUCUCCUGCAUUAUAUCACGUUGGUGCUGAUUAUAAAGAUGAUGAAAAUCUUUAUUGGAAACGAGUUGAUUUGAUUCACUCUGCUUUGACGAUUUUACAUGAGAACAAAUUAGUUGUAUAUAGUCAUGAAAACGGAGACAUAAAAUCUACAGAAUUAGGGAAGAUAUCAUCGCAUUAUUAUAUUAAUUACGAGACCAUCAACAUGUACAAUAAUCAGCUAAAGCCAUGGCUGACAGAGAUAGAUAUUUUGAAGAUUUUUUCAAUGUCUGGUGAAUUUAAAUUUAUUCCUGUUAGACAAGAGGAAAAAAUAGAGGUGGCUAAAUUAUUGGAAAAAUGUCCCUUUCCCAUAAGAGAAAAUCCAAAUGAUCCGUUGGCUAAGGUAAAUGUUUUACUUCAAGCAUACAUCUCGAGAUUAACUUUAGAUGGGUUUGCAUUGAUGGCUGAUAUGAUCUAUAUCACACAAUCUGGUGGAAGGCUAUUGAGGGCUAUUCACGAAAUUACAUUGCGAAAAAAUUGGUCGGCAUUAUCAAAGAUUACCUUAGACUUAUGCAAAAUGGUGGAAAAAAGAAUGUGGUUAACAAAUUCUCCAUUCAGACAAUUUGGAACACUAGUACCAAGAGAGAUCGUGAAGGCAAGUGAAAAUUCCCAUUUGCCUUGGGUGAGUUAUUUUAACCUUAAUGCUUCCGAACUUGCAGAAGCGAUUAAUUUUAAAGGCAAUAGCCAGAAGGCAUACGACUUGUUACGCCAAUUUCCAAAGCUAACAUUAAACACAUAUGCACAACCUAUAACCACUAGUUUACUUAGAGUUCAGCUUGAAGUUAUUCCUGAUUGGAAAUGGAAUCCAAGCAUUCAUGGAAAUUUUGAGCUGUUUUGGUUGCUAGUCGAAGAUUGUGACGGAGAAAAGAUCCUCUUUUCAGACUACUUGCGUAUUUAUAGAAACAAUGCCGAGAAGGAGCAUUUAGUGGAAUUCACAAUACCAAUUUUAGACCCCGUUGAGCCAGUAUAUUUCAUCACCCUUAUAAACGAGAAGUGGUUGCAUUCUGAGUGGAGGGUUCCAUUGGUAAUUACCGACUUGAAAAUCCCAAAGAAAUUCCCGCCGUUUACAGAUCUAUUAGAUUUACAGAGUAUUCCAACUGCAUCAUUGAAGAUACCCGAGUUCAUUGAAACCUUUGAAUUUAGUUAUUUCAACAAAUUUCAAUCACAAGUUUUCCAAGCUUUAUUCAAUUCUAAUGAAAAUGUUUUCAUUGGGGCAUCAAAAGGUUGUGGUAAAACUGUAUGCGCAGAAUUGGCAAUUUUGAAUCAUUGGAAACAAAAUAAAGGAAGGAUUGUCUACAUCAAUCCUACCCAGGAGAUCAUCGACAGGCAACUCAAGAUAUGGAGAAAAAAUUACUCCAAAAUAACGGAACCUAGCAAAGUAAUCAAUAAGUUAAGUGGUGAUCUAACUACAGAUAUUGGUUUAUUAUCUUCCAGUCAUUUGGUUUUGGCAACACCUGAACAAUUUGAAUUUGUUUCAAGACGUUGGAGACAAAGAAAAUCAGUUCAGGCAAUUGAAAUGCUUAUAAGUGAUGAUGCGCAUAUGGUUGGUAAUGGAUCUAGAGGUAUUGCCUAUGAAAUCCUUGUUGCACGUAUGAGACUCAUUUCUACGCAGGUAGAGAAUGGUUUAAGAAUAAUAGCCUUGUCUAAUUCUUUGUCAAACGGUAGGGAUUUUGGAGAAUGGAUUGGAUGCACGAAGCAGAAUGUGUUUAAUUUUGAUCCUUCAAAUAGGUUCAACAAAAUCAAAGAAAUUAGACUUCAGGCUUCUAACUUCAAUGAUAAUGAUUCUUUCAUGCAAUCAUUGAUUAGACCUUCGUAUCAAUUCUUGAAAGAUAAUACUAAUGAAGGUAAAUCGAUUGUUUUUGUACCAACCAGAAAACAGUGUAUUGAGACCGCCUUUAAGUAUAUUCAACACUCAAGUAACGACCAUUGGCCAUUGUUAAGAACAGAUAUAGAAAUUUUAGAGCCAUACUUGAAAAGGAUAACAGAUAAGAGUUUAAGGGAAUGUCUUUCUCAUGGUAUAGGGCUUUAUUAUAUUAAUAUGAGCCAGACAGACAAAUUAAUCAUUGAAAAGUUAUUUAAUAACAAUGUUUUAAGUAUUUUGGUUGCUUCAAAAGACACAUGUUAUUAUUGCCCGUCAGCGAAUAAUAUUGUUGUCCUUAGUACUCAAGAAUUUGAAGGAAAGGAGCAUAGGUUUAUUGACUAUUCCAUUAACAAUAUAUUAGAAAUGGUAGGAUGCUGCAAAGAUGAUGUCAAUGAAGCCAAGUCAUUAAUAUUCACUAAUUCAGCGAAAUUGAAUUAUUACAACAAGUUUUUAAACGAAGCUUUACCAAUUGAGAGUUUCUUGAAUGUGUCUUUACAUGACGCUUUUAUAACGGAGGUUAGUACGAGGACUUUCAAGACUAGACAGGACUGUAUUGACUGGUUAACAUUUACUUACUUCUAUAGAAGGCUUUUAGCAAAUCCAAGCUUUUAUGAUGUUAAGGAUACAUCUCAUUUUGGUAUUUCAGAAUUCUUGUCUGUAUUGGUUGAAGGCACAUUGAAAGAACUAGAGGAAGCUAAGAUAAUUGAAAUCGAGGAAUCUGAAGACAGCGAAGAGUCAGGAGAAGAAGAGGAAGAAAUUGUGCCAUUGAAUGGAGCAAUGAUUUCUGCUUACUAUAAUGUUUCGUUUAACACGAUAAAGGAAUUUAAUAGAUUAGGAAACAAGACAAAGUUAAAGGGUAUUCUAGAGAUUAUCACAUCAGCAUCAGAAUUUGAUGUAUUGCCAAUUAGACAGAAUGAAGAAGCAAUCCUAAGCAAGGUACAUAACAAGGUACCGGUUAAAGCGUCAGAUGUUGACUACGAGUCGCCAUAUUUCAAAGCAUUCUUGCUCUUGCAAGCCCAUUUUUCAAGAAUUCCAUUGCCACUAGAUUUAGCUAAUGACCAAAAAGUUGUAUUGGAAAGCGCUCUUAAGAUAUUAUAUGCGUGUAUUGAUACCUUGUCUAGUGAAGGAUACUUGAAUGCGAUUCACGCUAUGGAUUUGUCUCAAAUGAUCGUGCAAGCUGUCUGGAAUAGAGAUAACCCUUUAAAACAAGUUCCAUAUUUUGAUGAAGCAAUUUUGAAUAGAUGCAAAAAAGGUAAAGUCGAUACUGUUUAUGAUAUCAUGUCUCUAGAAGAUGAAGAAAGAAAUGAUAUAUUGAGAUUAAGCGAUGACAAGUUAAAUAAGGUUGCAGAAUUUGUUAACCAAUACCCUAAUAUUGAUAUCAGCUACGAAUUAGAUUUGUCUGAGACACUAAAGUCUAACGAACCUAAGGAAAUCAUCAUAAAGUUGGAAAGAGAUGAAGAUAUGGAUGAUUUAAAUGUUGUGGCUCCUUUUUACCCAUUCUCUAAAAAAGAGUCAUGGUGGAUUGUUAUAGGUGAUGCAAGCUCUAGACAAUUGUACGCUAUCAAAAAAGCUACUAUUGAUAAAGAAUCUCAACGCAUAAAGAUGGAAUUCACUAUUCCAAAUGCUGGUCACCAUAACUUAUCGAUUUGGUGCAUGUGUGAUUCGUAUGUUGAUGCUGACAAAGAAAUUUCUCUUGAAAUAGAUGUCGAAGAAGGCGAAGAAGCAGAAGUUGAAGACGAAAAUGAAGAAGAACAGUAA